AUGGCUGGCCAAACGAUCAAUGACAGGUUGCUGGCUGCACGACACAGCCUUGCUGGACAAGGGCUUGCCAAAUCCGUGUGCAAGGCUACGACGGAAGAAAUGAUUGGCCCGAAGAAAAAGCAUCUUGACUAUUUGGUACAUUGCACCAACGAACCGAACGUAUCGAUUCCCCAUUUAGCUACACUGUUGAUUGAACGAUCUCAGAAUGCAAAUUGGGUCGUAGUGUACAAGGCACUGAUCACAACUCAUCACAUGUUGGCCUACGGAAACGAGCGAUUUAUCCAAUAUUUGGCUUCAAGCAAUUCAUCCUUCCAAUUGAACAACUUUCUUGAUAAGGGUGGAGUACAAGGCGCUGUUGGUGCUCGUAUGGGUUAUGACAUGUCUCCGUUUAUACGGCGUUACGCAAAAUAUCUCAACGAGAAGGCUUUGUCGUAUCGUACAGUGGCCUUCGACUUUUGCAAAAUGAAACGUGGAAAGGAGGAAGGCUCUUUGCGCGUGAUGCACGCCGACAAACUUCUGAAGACAUUGCCAAUUCUGCAGGCUCAACUUGAUUCGUUACUGGAGUUUGAUUGUACGGCGAACGAUCUUACCAACGGAGUUAUCAACAUGUGCUUCAUGUUGUUAUUCCGUGAUUUGAUACGGCUGUUCGCUUGUUAUAACGAUGGCAUCAUUAAUCUGCUGGAGAAGUAUUUCGACAUGAAUAAGAAACAAUGCCGCGAUGCGCUUGAUUUAUACAAAAAGUUUCUUACUCGAAUGGAUCGCGUCGGCGAGUUUCUCAAAGUCGCAGAGAACGUUGGCAUUGAUAAGGGUGACCUGCCAGAUCUGACCAAAGCACCGAGUUCUCUGUUAGAUGCGCUAGAACAGCACUUGCUGGCCCUAGAAGGCAAGAAGGGAUCGGCAGCAAACACUCCAACACAAACAGCGAGCAAUCAAAAGAAUGUUAAAAGCGGAGUGAACGCACUUACAUCGACUAGUUCAUCCUUUGGGAUUGUGGCGGAAUCCAGCAAAUUUGAUAGUCCCACAAAUGGCAUGAUCGAUGAGAGUUUGAAGGCUCAAGUUCUGGCUGAAGAAGAGGCUGCAAUGAAUCAGUACAAGUCGAAGGUAUCAUCACCAACAACGGCUUCGGCUAUAACAAACCCGUUCCUGUCGUCGCCCACCACUAGUCAAAACAACAUUGUCGAUCUGUUUGAGGCUCCGAAACCCGUACAAGAUCAGCAAGCAUCUGCUGCUUCGUCCAAAGCGUCGGAUGAUCUACUGCAACUUGGAAAUCCUUUUGCAGAUGUUUUCGCCACACCAGCACCAGUCGCUAGUACUGUGCCAGUAGGAAAUACAAAUGCGUUUGCAGCCCCGAAUACAUGGAUGGGAAAUGGAGGUUUUAACGGUAGUAUGACAACGGCAGCAGUCCCAGGAAUGGCUGGACAAGCAGUCCAGGGCAGCGACACUUUCGUGUCCGAUAACAACUUCACUUCCGUUUUCGGUGGAUUGGAACAAAAUGGAUCCAGCGCACCUCCGGCCGCUGCCUCUCAGCCAGGCAAAGUAUUGACCGGUGAUUUGGAUAGUUCGUUGGCGUCGUUAGCCGAAAGUCUUACUAUCAAUAAGUCCAGUUGUGGGAAGAAUAUGCAAUGGAGUUCACCGAAGACAUCAGCAAAAACUGGUUCGGCUGGAUGGUCACCCCAACCACAACCGGCCACUAAUCAGACAGGCUACAAACCAAUGGCACAAGGUAUGGCUGUUUUUCCAGUUCCUAGCACAAUACAUCCCAGCACACACACUCCCCUUCCCGUAGUGCCAGGAUAUUACCUUCAGCAAGGUAUGACCCAAAUAAGGCCAAUGAUGGGUGCUACCAUGUCCGGAACAACACCAGCGAUGGCCCCAGGAAUGGCCACUACUGGCAUGGCAUCCCAGCAACCGGUGCUUCCUAGUCAACAACCGAUGCACAUGCAAACAGCUAUGAUGCAACAACCAGCGACAGCAAUGCCUUCCGCCGCUGCUGCGACUGGCAAUAUACAGUUGGAUCCAUUCGGAGCACUCUAA